GGCCCAGGGGGGCGAGCGGGCGGCGCGGGGGGCGGCGGGAUCGCUGGGCGCGGCCGGCUGCUGCUGUCCGGCUCUGCGCGCUCCCCCAGGAGCCACGGCCCGCGGCGCCAUGGGGAACUGCCACACCGUGGGGCCCAACGAGGCACUGGUGGUCUCAGGGGGCUGCUGCGGUUCUGACUAUAAGCAAUAUGUCUUUGGCGGCUGGGCCUGGGCCUGGUGGUGCAUCUCCGACACUCAGAGACUGUCUCUGGAGGUUAUGACCAUCCUGUGUCGCUGUGAGAAUAUUGAGACGUCGGAGGGGGUCCCGCUAUUCGUAACAGGGGUUGCACAGGUGAAGAUCAUGACGGAGAUGGAGCUCCUGGCGGUGGCCUGUGAGCAGUUCCUGGGCAAGAAUGUGCAGGACAUCAAGAACGUCGUUCUGCAGACGCUGGAGGGCCACCUGCGCUCCAUCCUGGGGACUCUGACCGUGGAGCAGAUUUACCAGGACCGGGACCAGUUUGCCAAGCUGGUGCGGGAGGUGGCAGCCCCUGAUGUCGGCCGUAUGGGCAUUGAGAUCCUCAGCUUCACCAUCAAGGACGUGUAUGAUAAAGUGGACUAUCUGAGCUCCUUGGGCAAGACCCAGACCGCCGUGGUACAAAGAGAUGCUGACAUCGGGGUGGCCGAGGCCGAGCGGGACGCAGGCAUCCGGGAAGCCGAGUGCAAGAAGGAAAUGCUGGACGUGAAGUUCAUGGCAGACACCAAGAUCGCCGACUCCAAGCGGGCCUUCGAGCUGCAGAAGUCAGCCUUCAGCGAGGAGGUCAACAUCAAGACAGCCGAGGCGCAGCUGGCUUACGAGCUGCAGGGGGCCCGCGAGCAGCAGAAGAUCCGGCAGGAAGAGAUCGAGAUCGAGGUGGUGCAGCGCAAGAAGCAGAUCGCCGUGGAGGCGCAGGAGAUCCUGCGCACGGACAAGGAGCUCAUCGCCACAGUGCGCCGCCCUGCCGAGGCCGAGGCCCACCGCAUCCAGCAGAUUGCUGAGGGGGAGAAGGUGAAGCAGGUCCUCUUGGCACAGGCAGAGGCUGAGAAGAUCCGCAAAAUCGGGGAGGCGGAGGCUGCUGUCAUCGAGGCGAUGGGCAAGGCCGAGGCUGAGCGGAUGAAGCUCAAGGCUGAGGCCUACCAGAAAUACGGAGAAUCCGCCAAGAUGGCCCUGGUGCUGGAGGCGCUGCCCCAGAUUGCUGCCAAAGUGGCCGCUCCGCUGACCAAAGUCGAUGAGAUCGUGGUCCUCAGCGGGGACAACAACAAGGUGACGUCGGAAGUGAACCGGCUGCUGGCCGAGCUGCCGGCCUCUGUGCACGCCCUCACCGGCGUUGACCUGUCCAAGAUCCCCCUGAUCCAGAAGGCCACCGGUGCUCAGGUGUGAGGCGCCCGCGCGAGGCCCCCUUCAGCAGCCGUGUCCGUGCCACGGGGACAGCGGGCGCGCUGCUGGCUCUGGUGCCUUAUUUUGUAGGGACCAGAAGUGCAUGCGGAGGCCAUCUCUGGCUGUCUCCCCUGCUCCCCUCCACCCCACGCCCUCUGUCACGGCUCAUCUCAUUCGUCUCCUCCACCCUCCACUCCCGGGGCUUCUUUUCCCUCUCCCUGUGUUUCCCUCUGACGCUCCCCCUGUAAUGACGCCGAGUGUGUUGCUCCUCAUCACUGUCUGUCUCUGGGGGAUGGCUCUGCCGCUCCUCACAAUCCUGGUGCCUUGAAGUUCUUUGUAGUCCUGGCCAGCGCCCCGCUUGGGUGCAGGGGGUAGGGGAAGGCGGGCACCCGCGCCCCUCCUGGCCUGGUCUUCCUGGAAGCCUGGCUUCCCCACUCUCAGCCCUGCAGGCCCAUGGGUGUCCCCCUUCUCCUCGGCCCUCCCACCCAGGCCUGCUCAUGCCCUCACUCUCCCCGUCCCCGUGGCAUGGAGGCGAGGCUUCCUGACUUCAGCACUGCCUUACGAUGGCCCUGUGUGUGCUCAGGGAAGUCCCCUUCAUAGACGUGUCCCUGUCGGGGGAGGGCCCGCUCCUAAUUCUGCACAGCCUUUCUGGAAUGGGGGAGGGUACCCCUAUGGGGCACUCGGAAGUAUGUAGACCCUCCUCCAGCUGGGGUGGCACCAUCCUGAGUGUCCGGCCCUUCCCGUGGGCAAGGCUGUCCCGACAGUGCUGUCGACUAGCCGGCGGCAGGGCUCCAGCCAUCAGGCCAUAGGCCAGUCCCCUGUCUCCUUGUUGGAGUGGAGGCAGAAGAGCCCAGGGCCUGAGCCUCGAGGUGGGGUGCUGUGGGCCCAGCCCCCACCCUUGGCCUCGCCCCAGCCUAUGUGGCUGCUCUGCAUGUGGAUGCUGCAUGUCUGGUCUGGGGUUUGGAUGCUGCACUGCCCCACUGCCUGACCCUUCUGGCAAAAUAAAUAUGUUAUGCCCUCA